AUGGGCCUUGGAUUCAAUCCAGACACUGACGUGCCCAACCUUUCGGGCAAAGUCAUUCUCAUCACUGGAGGCACAAGCGGUAUUGGCAAAACCACCAUCCUGGAGCUCUCAAAGCACAACCCCGAACACAUCUACUUCACCGGCCGCAACGAAAAGUCCGCCGCACAAGUCAUAUCGCAGUGUGCCACCCCUUCCAACAUCACGUUCCUCCCCUGCGAGCUCGGCAACCUCGCCAGCAUCCGCGACGCCGCAGCAAAGUUCCACCACAACCGCCUGGACGUCUUCAUCGCCAACGCAGGGAUCCUCGCCGUCCCGCCCGGCCUCACAAAAGAUGGCUAUGAAAUCCAGUUCGGAACCAACCACGUUGGCAACACGGCGCUGCUGCUCCGUCUUCUGCCCAUCAUGUUGCGAACGGCCAAGGAAGUUCCCGACGCAGACGUGCGGUACGUGACGGUGACUUCGCUGGGCUACUACACGCGCCCGCUCAACGGGAUCGACUUUGACGGCCUGAAAUCCAAGCAGGACAAUCUGCUGCUGGGCAAGUGGGCGCGCUACGGCCAGAGCAAGCUGGCGAACCUGCUGCUGGCGCGGGAGCUGGGCAAGCGGUAUCCGCAGAUCACGAGCGUGGCUGUUCACCCGGGUGUGGUCAAGACGGAGAUGAUUACGGGGUUAGGCUUGUUUGACAGGAUACUCAUCUUUUUCAAUGCUCCGCUGGGAAUGCUGACGCCUCGUGAGGGAGCGUAUAACACGCUGUGGGCGGCGACGUCUGGGGAUGUCAGAAGCAAGAUGAACGACAAGACGGCCCUUUUUGAACCAGUUGGAGUACCGCAUAGCGGGGAUGCAAAGUGUCGUAGUGAUGAGCUGGCCAAGAGGUUGUGGGAGUGGACGGUGAAGGAGGUUGGUGUUGAAAUCGAGUGA